AUGAGGUGGUUCCAAGAGCCACCUGGUAUGAAGACCGGCGAUGACUCCGAGCCCGGUUUGCAUACGUCGGGUCGACGACGGCAUUCGAUCAUCUUCGAAGUCAUUGUCAUGAGCGCCAUUGGCAGCGUAUUUCUCGGCGACGUCCAGCGGCACCGACUCUUUUCUUCUUCCUCCCGAUCACCUCCCGCCUCGCCAUCGCCCCCACCAUCGGCGGUAUCCAUGAGCAGCAUAACCGUGCCCUUGCCAGCUAGCCCGCCAUCAACUCAGUCAACCCCCGCUUCCCCUUCGGCUUCACAUUCGGCUAAGGAAGCUGAAACAUUUGCAUCCUUUUCAUUGUCCCUUGAGCCACCUGUGGUCGCUCCGACUAUUGAUCCUGAACUAUCAUUGGAGUUGCGAUUGCGAUGGCUUGAAGCUCUGAUACUCGGUACGAAGCAUGACCACAAAGGCAAAGAGACGGAACCAGCAGGAACCGUGGCGGGUUCAACUCGUACCGAACUAAAGCAGGGCGAAACCCUCGUCCGUGCCGUGGAGGACAUACAGAAGAGCCUGAACCUCGCUGUCGAAAACAACGAUGGGCUCAAGAAGUUCAUGGACCAUUAUGACCGAAAUGCUGCCUUCCUCACACCCUCGUUCGCGCUGUCUGGCAUACUCCCCGAAACCCCUUCAUAUUCUAUGAUGUCUCCCGAGGAGCUGGAGGCGUUCAUCACCGAAAUGGAGCCGGAAAUACGCGCCGCUGACCACGACAUGCGCGAGAUCGAGGCUCUAAGCAACAAAGGCGUGCUGAACGCGGGGAAACUCGCUGAUCAUGAAGCAUUGCGCCCAAGGCUAGACGCUGUCAUCAAAGCAUACGAGGAAGAUUUGGAGCGAGCCGCGGCGCUAGAGCAUCGGAUGGCAAGGCUCAUGGAGAGAAAUGCUACGCUGGUCGACGCGCUCUCGGAACUGUUUGUUAUAUGGGACGACGCGAUCACCAAUGCUGAGGUCAAGGUCGCAAGGCUAGAACAGCUCAAGCAGGAGCGAAAACGUCUAGGGAUGGAAUAA